ACCACUGCGUUUACGUAGUUAACUUUAUCUGUGACUGUAAUAACGUAACGUAAACACCGUAAGAAGUUUAAAAUCUGUAAAAUUUUCACAAUAUGAAUAGUCUUAAAGCAAUUUCUAACUUAUUUAGUCACAGUAUAACGUGUUUUCAAAAUCAAAACCUUCAACAAAUUCGCACGAAAUGGGUAAAUCGAUGGAUGAUUCGAGAUGUAAAACGCCGGAAACUAGCCACGGAGAUGGCUCCUGCUCGUCUGCGGGUCAAUUCUUUACGAAAGAAUGAUAUUUUACCACAGGAGCUUCGUGAGAUAGCAGAUGCUGAAAUAGCCGCUUUUCCGCUAAAUUCAACACCUUUGAGGAUGAAUAAACGUUGUGUGAUAACUUCAAGACCCAGAGGAGUAGUUAAUAGGUGGAGAGUUAGUAGAAUUGUCUUUAGGCAUUUAGCUGAUUAUAAUAAGCUCUCAGGUGUGCAAAGAGCUAUGUGGUAAUGCUUUUCAGACUUUAGUAUAACAAAUACAGUACUUUAGAACAAAAUUUAAAAAAGA